CAAACUUACCCGUGACAGUUAUUCUUGAGAACAGAACAAUAGAACGCCAUGGCGGUCCCGACAACAAUGGCCUCUGUAGCGCUGCCGAGGUUUCUGCUGCCGAAGCUCAGCUGGAACACGUCCGCGAAAACAUCUCGUUCUCUUUUGAUCCCCGCGAUCCAGUCUACGGCACCGUGGCAAUCACAAACCACUUCAUUUCACACUUUCGGACAGACGCCACAAUGCAGGAGAGCCGGCUCCCUGCCAUACCCUGCACCAAAUUCUCCCAUGUUUCGGAAAACUUUCCACACGACGCCAGCAAGGCAGCGUGACCAUCACUUUGACACCCUGAAGUUUGUCCAACGGCUCAAGGGCGAGGGCUUCACGGAGGAGCAAGCUGCUGCCAUGAUGAAGGUGCUCAACGAUGUCAUCGAAGAGAGCAUCCAAAAUCUUACCCGCACAAUGGUCCUUCGCGAAGACGCCGCCAAGGCCACUUAUACCCAGAAAGUCGACUUCGCCAAGCUACGCUCCGAGCUCCUCUCCGCUGACAGCACCGAAUCGAGUACCACGCGUGCCGCCCACGAGCGCCUGUCCAACGACAUCACCAAGCUGAGCAGCCGUCUGCGUGACGAGAUCGGCCGUACGCAAGCCAGUGUGCGCCUCGACCUCAACCUCGAGAAGGGACGCAUCCGAGAGGAAGCUGUGGGGCAGGAGUUGAAGAUCAAGGAGACGGAGACCAAGAUCGAACAGGAGGUGGCCGCGCUGCGGGAGAAGCUAGAGCAGGUCAAGUUCCAGACGCUGCAGUGGCUGAUGGGCAGAAUGAGAUGGAGCGAGGAGGUGCAUGUCGGCAACUUCUUUAUCGAGCCCGCUCAAGAAGGAUGA